GUUUCUUCCGCCCUUUUCGUUCCCGGCCCAGUUCGGUUUGCGCCGCAUCACACCCUGUCUCUGUUCCUUCUGGUGACCUACGAUAUCAUUGAAUUCUUCUUUUUCCUGCUUGAUCGUUGACUGCGUUGGUCGGUGCGUCCGCCGCGCUCUUUUCCUACCACCUACGCCCUCAAGAGGCAACCGCAAAGAUGAACACUUCGAUUGUCAACGUCUUGACGAAGGCUGCGCCUUUGUCUGCCCGGCAGUUCUCCCUUCGAGUCCCCUCCACGUGUUCCAUGCGCCCUUUCUCGACGACGACCCUGAGAACAGCAGCAGCCUCCUCUCGAGACAAGAACCGCGAGCUCGAGAAGCAGUUCCUGAACCCGCAAAAUGAGCAGUCCAAGGACGACUCGCCCCUGUCGGCGAUUACCCGGAUGAUGCAGGGAGAGGCCGGCCGUCCGUCCCAGAACGUGAGCCGGGAUUACUCCAGAAUGGCGGAGAGCCUCGAAGCCGAAAUUCUUAAACAACCCUACGCCGACCGAUCCCCUCCGCACCACCUCCACGUCUACGCGCACAAGCACAACACGGUCAUUACCUUGACCCGGCCAAACGGCAGCCCCCUGUUCACGAUGAGUUGUGGCAACCUCGGUUUCCGCAAAGGCGGUCGUGCGGGCUUCGAUCCCGCGUAUCAGCUGUCCGCACAUGUGUUUGCUCAGAUUCAGGAGAGAGGUCUUCUGCUCCAAAUACAGAGACUGGAUAUCAUCUUCCGUGGGUUUGCUCUCGGCCGGGAAGCGUUCACGAAGGUCCUGCUGGGAAAUGAGGGCAAAAACGUUCGAGGACUUGUUAGCCGGGUAACGGACGCUACCAGAAUCAAGUUCGGUGGUACCAGGAGCCGGAAGGUUCGCCGGCUGGGUUAAGCCAUUCGUUUUUGUUUGGGAAAUGUUUAUGUCUUUGAUUGCGGAGGAAGAAUACAUCCAUUUCGACGGGUUUCGUGAGGGGAUCGAAAGGGAUCCCCCGGGUUUCAUGUUUAUUUGAGUGACCCAACACUUGUACACUAGUUGGCUUAUUCCAGAGACCAGGAAAGGCCUGAAUCCAAUGUAGCUACCGUAUUCUGCCUCC